AUGUUCGUGGAGAGGCGUAUGAGUCUUCAAAAGAGCCAUCGGAAAAUCCUGGCUGCUUACUACUGCGACUGUGGGAACCGACCGAGACUCCUCCCCAAGUCGCGGUUCAAAGGAGACGAAGAGAUUGUUUUUCUUCACUGCAACGACGCGCAACGGGCCUCGAUGAUGACUUGCGACGGUUUGGUCUGCUUCCCCGAACGACUCGGGGAGGAGUGUCGGUCGGCCGUCACAGUUGCAGUUGUAAGCAGCCAGGAUUUUCUAGUGGUUCUUUUGAAGACUCAUACGCAUAUCUAUGAAACUCCUCGAUUCCAGAAUUGA